AUGUUAAGGCCUGCCACUCCACUUACGAUUCUGCUCCUAGGGGCAUUCGGUCUUCUCAUAAUCUCGAUAGUUUCAACUCCUAUCAUUAAGAUUAUUCCACUCGCUUCUUUCGCCGGAAUUGAUUUUGGUGUCUUCGGAUUCUGUAAGGGAGAUGCAUGCAGUCCAAUUGAACUUGGAUAUGACACUUCAAGUCUCCUCAACGAUGCUCAAUCUUCGACUUUCGACCUUCCUUCCUCGACCCGCGCUACUCUUUCAAUCAUCCUUAUAGUCCAUCCUAUUGCAGCCUUUUUGACAUUUAUUAUGUUAGUGCUGGCUGCGUCGGCACAUUUUCACGCUCCCUCACACUCUCCUCGUUUCCUACUCGUCAUUUUUAUUUUCAGCAUCCUAACAUUGGUAACAGCCCUCUUAUCUUUUUUAAUCGAUGUGCUACUAUUUGUCCCACACAUGGCUUGGGGGUCUUACUUAGUGCUUGCCGCAACAAUACUUGUAGCUAUGAGUGGAAUCGUCUCUUGCGCUAUGCGCCGUACCUUGGUAAACAGGAAAGCUCGAAAAAGACGAAUUGCUGAAAAUGCUGAAAUGAAUGGCGCGAAUUUCUACGGCAGAGAAGGACCAAAUCCUAACUUGCCGCCUGCAGUAAUCGCUACUGCAGCGGCCGCAGGUACAGCUGUUAACAAUCAACCAGCUUUCGCAACUUUCGAAAUAGCAAAAAAACCUAAAGACGAGCCUUUAAACAAUGAUGAACGUGUACCCCUAACCCAACAGAUACCAGCUGAACGCCCUACCGAUGGGCAAUCAGUUACUGGGAGUACACUAAAAUACAACUUAUCAAAUAGAAGCGAUCUCCGAACCCAAGUGCCAACAGAAAACAAUAGUUAUCGUGCUCCAGAUUCAACAUAUGAUAUUAAUGGUCUAAGGCCUUCUGAUCCAUAUUUCAGUAACCAGUUCAAUGAAUAUCCUCCCACGGUCAACGAACAAAGAGGUCAGCCUCCACAAAAUAAUAUGCGCGGUGGUCCUCGAGGCGGACUUCGCGUUGCAUAUGAUGGGCAGGGAAGAGGUGACUACGGUCUCUCUACAAGAGGCACUCAACAACCUCGAGGAGGCAUGCAACAACCUCGAGGAGGUAUGCAACAACCUCGAGGAGGCAUGCAACAACCUCGAGGAGGCAUGCAACAACCUCGAGGAGGUAUGCAACAACCUCGAGGAGGCAUGCAACAAGCUCGAGGAGGUAUUCAGCAACCGCAAGGUGCGUAUCGACCUCCACAAUCAGGAAACAUACCAUAUAGAGGAGUUAAUCUUGGAUCUCAAAGAGGAAAUUCGACAAGGGGAAGUAUUAAUGGAAGAGGCGGUAGAAUCCAGCCUGGAUUUGAAGCUAUCCCACCAAGAUUUCGUGGUGACGAGCAAUUACCGCCUGAUCCAUACGAACGAGCACCUUUAUCCCCAACUGGUUUCAGGGAAAUUGGAUAUAAUGCACCUUCACCGUCUGUUUAUUCGACUUACAACCCUCGGCUCUCUGCCGGCACUUUUCCUGUGGCUCAGACCCCACCACCUUUGUCAGAACUAGACGAAAAUCUUGUAAUGGUUCGGCCAGAGAGAACGAACGGUGGAAAUCAACCCUCCAAACUGAAUAAUAACCUUUUUACAAACAAAGCCAUGUCAAAUAACCAUGAUACGGGGCCCUCCCAAGUAAGAGAUCAUCAGCAGCUGGGAUACACUGAAAAUAGGGCCGCAGACUAUAAUAUGGAAGAGCCUUACGUUGCUCCGCUGCAACCCCGGAAGCAGAAUGGAUCACCAAAUCAUUCCCGUGACGUGCUUACAGCUAACUUUCCAGUUGAUUUAGUAACCAAUCGAAAGUUUAUAGGCAAUAAUCGCUAUGAUGAUGCGGAUCAUGUAUUCCUACCACCGCCCAACAUCUCUGCUCCAUUUGCGCCAAGGCCUACGAAGGCCAUACCCGGAAUAUUAACAGGCUUCAACAUAGAAAGAGAUAAAUCCAACGAAGACUUGAGAUUUAGUCCAUGCUCUCCUGCUGAAUCGGAAUAUUCGAACUUCACAUCGGUAUCACAGCGUGGCGUAAAUCCACAGUGGAAUGGUGAUACAUCUGGCGAACUGAAGGACCCUAAUUACAGUCGCGAUUUAGUUCCAUCCCGAAAGCCAACUCAACAAAGAAAUGAUGUCCUUCUCAGUGGAAAUCCAGAUUUUUCCAUUCCAACUGCAAGAGGUGGGCGUAAUAACGCGAGAGGCGAUGCGAUGAGAUGA